CGAGGCUGCAUCUCCCCCUGCAGGCUGUGCCCGGGGACAGGGACAAGGACGGGGACAGGGCUCCGCCUCGCGUCCUCCUCACCGCUGCCAGCACCUGAAAAAGUGGAAGGGGAUCUGAGAAGAGCCGGGACUCCAUUCCCUGUCCCCUCAGCAGAGCGGGGACCCUGAGGGGCUGCCGUCCCCUCUGGACACCGUGGACACGGUGACAGAGCAGAACAGACACCGCCUCAGGAACCCGAAUACAGCUGGGAGAGCAGGAGGGAUCCACGACCACGGUGAAUUUCACAGAAGACCAGAUCUGAGUGCUCAUGGACAAGUCCAAAAUUAGAAAUAUGGCUGUGACUGCUCACAUUGAUCAUGGAAAAUCAACACUGACAGACUCCUUGGUUUGUAAAGCAGGCAUCAUCGCUUCAGCCAGAGCUGAUGAAACACGGCAAAGAUGAACAAGAAAGAUGUAUCACCAUCAAGCCUACUGCCCAGAAGAAGUGUUUGGUGGGAUCUAUGGUGUGCUGAACAGGAAAAGGGGACACGUUUUUGAAGAAUCCCAAGUGGCAGGAACUCCAAUGUUUGUAGUCAAGGCAUUCACUCUUGUAAACGAAUCAUUUGGUUUUACUGCUGACUUGAAGUCCAACACCAGCAGCCAGGCUUUUCCACAGUGUGCCUUUGAUCACUGGCAGAUUUUGCCUGGAGAUCCUAACGAUGCAAAUUUUCAUCCUCUGCAAGUUGUGAUUGAAAUGCAUAAAUGCAAAGGCUUGAAGGAUGGCAUUCCACCUCUAGCUAACUUCCUAGAUAAGUUGUAACCGUAUCUGUUUCAUGUUGUGUGAUACACUGCCCGGUUUUGUCCUGAGACCAUUUCCUCAUAAAUCCAAGGAAUAAAAUGGAAAGUUUUUAGAAUAUCACAUUGAAUACACACAGUCUUAACAUAUUGUGAUUGUGGCAUAAUUACCUACUAAAAAAAAAUAAAAAUAACGUGUUACUUUGGUUUAUGGAAUUGUUGUUGUCUGUAUCUUGUCUGUGAUCAUUGCUGCCUGUAGCAAAAAUACACAAAAAGCGGUUGUUCUUUC